ACACUGUUAACAAAAUAUUUUAUCAUUUAUAAUUAUAUCGUUAAUAAUUAAUAAUUUUACUUAUCAUAAAAAUAUUCACACAAGCUUUUAGGAUGAAACUAACAAGUUAAUGAAUGAUGUCUUCAAGGAGACUCAAACGUUGGUUGUUGACGUUAGUGUUGAUGAGUGGCCGGGGUGUGUGGCCUACUGUCCCUCUUGAGUUAUUGAAGUGAAGAUUACACCUCCCUACUGACGCUGAGGAACCUGAAUGACGCCCCUUAAGUCACUGUGUAACUCUUCACCAAGAUGUCAGUCGUGAUAGAGACCACUGUGGGGGAUAUCACUCUGGAUUUAUUCACAGAUGCCAGACCCAGGACAUGCAUGAACUUCUUGAAGCUAUGCAAGAUGAAAUAUUACAACUUGAACUUAAUCUUCAGUGUAGAACGCAACUUCAUUGCCCAAAUGGGUGACCCAUCGGCAACUGGACGUGGAGGUGAAUGUGUAUUUCAGAAGAUGUUUGGAGAACAAGCAAGGUUCUAUGAAGGAGAGAAACUGCCACUCCUCAAGCACACACAGAUCGGUACCGUCUCCAUGGUUUCCUGCGGCAGCCACUUGUUUGGGUCACAGUUUUUCAUAACCUUGGGUGAAAACUUAGACUCACUGGAUGCUGAGCACUUAGUAUUUGGACAAGUUGUUGAAGGGCUGGAAGUAAUAUGUAAGCUAAAUCAAACCUUAACCGAUGAAAAAAACCGCCCAUAUCAAGAUAUACGUAUUUCCCAUACCGUUGUUUUGGAAGAUCCUUACCCAGAUCCCAAAGAUAUUGAAUUUCCUGACGAGUCUCCAAAGCCUACCAGAGAAGUAUUUGAGUCCGACUACAUUGCAGCAGAUGAGACUAUCGACGACACCGAAGGCAAGACAAUGGUGGAAAUACGGGAAGAAAUUGAAGAAAGGGAAGCCAAAGCUAGAGCUACAAUCCUCGAGAUGGUUGGUGACUUACCAGAUGCUGAAAUGGCACCUCCAGAAAACGUCCUCUUUGUAUGUAAGUUGAAUCCAGUUACAACUUCAGAAGAUUUAGAAAUUAUAUUCAGCAGGUUUGGGAAGAUUAAGUCAUGUGAGGUAAUACGUGACAAGUUGACAAAUAAUUCCCUUCAUUAUGCAUUCAUAGAAUUUAAUGAGACCAAAUCUUGUGAAGAUGCAUAUUUUAAGAUGGAUAAUGUUUUAAUUGAUGACCGUAGAAUACAUGUAGACUUCAGUCAGUCAGUUUCAAAGAUAAAGUGGAGAGGUAAGGGGCGAGGAGUGGAGUUCUUUGAUGACAGCGGGCGGAAAAUUGACGAGAAGAAGGGUCAGUCAUUUGAUCUGAAUAAAGAAUACAGUAACCAAUCAAAGAACAGGAAUAGAAAUAACACGAAAGGUCAGUACUGGAAUAGAGAUUCACGACAAUCAGAUCACGGACGCUCUCAAGUAUGGGGCCGGAAUGCAAGAUCCCCUCCUCAGAAACAACAGUCGUGGGAGGGUAACAGUAGUCAACACCACAGGGACAGACAUGACGAGGCAAAACACUUCCCACGAGAUGAGAAAAAUGGCAGGAAUGUACAUAAAGAUAACUGGAGGAUGGAGAGAGAUAAAAGACAUGAAACUGCUAAGAGAAGUCAUAACGAGGUGGAUGAUAGUGAUGAUGUGCCGAGUGAUGAAGAAGCCAGGGAGAAAAUGCUCAAACAUCUGAAGAAGUCGCUGAAGAAGAAGAAGAAGAAAAAUAAGAAGUAUAGUAGUGAUAGUGAUGCUGACAGCUCAGAGACAGAAAAAAAGAAGAAGAAAAAUAAGAAGAAGAAAAAGAAAAAGAAAAAUAGUGAUAGUGAGAAAGAUUCUGAUUCAGACUCAGAACCAAAGAAGAAAUGUAAGAAAAGUAAAAAGAAAAAGAAAAAAAAGAAGAAAGAAAGUUCCACAUCAGACAGCUCUGAUUAGCUUUAAAUUUUGCAAUACAAUGCUGUACAGUGGAAACCUCUGAAAACUUUUGAAUGCUGACUCACUCUUGAAUUCUAAUGCAUGAGUAAACAUACUGUGGGUAGAGCAUUCACCGCAGAAUGAAAGAUUGGGUUUCUGUUUGCCCACUAGUCUCUUGCACUGAGCAGUGACUCGGUACAUUAUCGGGUACUCUGUCAUUGGUGGAAUGACCCUUCAGUGGACUAGCAUCCUGCCAGUGGGGUGGGUUUACUUACUAGCUGGCUGAUGACUGCCAAGUCAGGAGACCAGUACAGUACCUACGGCCACCCACCUUGCAUCAUAAUAGGGGUGGUCUUGUAUACUGUACAUGAAAAAAAGUAAACUUUAAUGUAAAAGUUCUUUCACUUGGAUUAAUAGAUUAAGUAAUUUCUUCAUCCUUUUAAGAAUGAAAGGCUGUGUGUGUAUAUAUAUAUAUUUAUAUAUACACAAAUGCUGCACAGUACAUACGUAUAUAUAUACUGGCAGAAAUUUCACUUCAUUUUAUAAUAUAAAAGUUAUUUUACAAAUUAUAAAAGAUAAAUUUUAAAAUAACGGCAAAUGUAUUUUUCAACAAUAAUUUCAUACUAUUGUACUGAUAAUAGCAAGUUUGUAAACUUAAGUAUUGUGACAAUAAUGAUGAUGUUACCAUUGAUGUCAUAAAUUUCAGAAAUUGAAUAAAUUUCCAAACUGGAAA